AGUAGAUAUUCUGUGUACGGCUGUGAACAUGUGUUUUAUAACCUUGAUUCUCUCUUUACUUUCAUUCUAAACAAGCCUUCAAAUUACUUCCACCGCAAGCAUGCAGGUUGCCAUGGAUAUCACCACCAGGUAUUGCCAUAAGGAGAUGGAGAGCUAUGGGCAGUGUGUGGCCUCCCACCCGUCUACAUGGCAACGGCACUGUCAAGACCUGAAGAUGAAGGUGGCACAGUGUACCUCUUCACACCCUGUGAUCCAGAAGAUCCGGACAGACUGUUCCAAAGAAUUCACAGAGUUUGAACGCUGCUUACUAGAGAACCAGAACUCACCUACCUCCUGUUCAGCACACGUAGCACGCUUCCUCGGCUGUGCCGAGACAGUGGACCUUUCCGGAGUGGCAGUGAACCCGGUUCCUCAUCCCUGUUAGGACCCAGCAGUGACCAUCAUCCAUCCCUCUCAGAGAAGAUAUCUCCUUCCUGCAAUACUGACGCCGGACUGCUCUAUCAAUCAUGGAUAAAUCAAUGCCCAUGGCAUUUUGAUAACAUCCUGACUUUGUACAUGGAUAAAGUGGACUCUUGUCCAUGGCUACUUUAGGAUUUGUCAAGAGAACUCGGAAUACUAGACAUUUACAAGUUACUGGGACUGAGACUGUCAAGAAUCAAGAUGGGUUUUUUAAAACAAAAAAUUAUAUAUAAAAUACAUGUAUGCACUCACUAACUGUAAAUCGCUCUGGAUUAAAAUGUAAAUAUGUUAUUUCUUGAAGUUCUUUCAUAACUCAUUGAUGCUACAGCUCUAUGAAAUACACUGGAACAAUGGGAAUCAAAGGUGUCAUUUCCUAUAUGUGAAAAGAAUCACUGUGCGACUGGCUGUGCAGCAGGUUUUACUGUGUGUAAUACAUAUUUCCAAAACCUC